CAAAGAGUGAAAGAGUAGACUAGAUUCUAUCAAUAACUCUUCGAUUCCAGUACUUAUUUUAUUUUAUUGAAUAUAUCAGUCAAAAAAAUAAAAUAAUUAAACAACAAACGCGUUUUCCAAUAAGUUUGUUUUGUGUAUUACCAUGGUAGUGAAGUUACAGAGAAAUCUUGGUAUGGAGGAACUUUGGAGGUGGAGAUGGAGGAGAUUGAUUUGUAUAGGUCUGCUAGUGUUGGGUUCUUGUAUUGAUUCUUGUUUGUCUCUCAAUGAUGAAGGGAUAUCACUAUUGAGGUUUAGGGAGAGGGUUGGGAAAGACCCAUAUGGUGUUCUGUUGAAUUGGAAGUUUAGUGAUGGUGCAGAGAACCCUUGUUCUUGGUUCGGGGUCAAGUGUUCUACUGAUGACAAAGUUAUAAGCUUAGAUUUGAAGGAUCUUUCUCUGGAAGGAACACUGGCUCCUGAAAUUUGUAAUCUCGUGUACAUGAAGUCCAUAAUUUUGCGCAACAACUCCUUUUCUGGAAUAAUCCCUCUUGGGAUUGGAGAACUGAAGGAAUUGAAGGUUUUGGACCUGGGAUUCAACAAUUUCGAUGGACCUCUUCCAUCCAACCUUGGAGAUAAUUUGUCCCUUGUCAUCCUUCUGGUGGAUAACAAUAAGAACCUAGGCGGCAUAAAGGAAAGUCAGCUAUCGAGCUUGUGGCAAAAAUCUUAUUCCAUUCGAAGAGCCAUUUCAUGGAGCAUUGCUCGAGUUGGAGAAGCAGCACACAGAAGGCUGCUUCAGGCAGCGAACGCCCUUCAUUUCCCCAAUACCGAGCCUGUGAGGCACAAAUCAGGAAAAGAGACUCACUCAUCCCAGUUAGUUAUUCCCAGCAUUUCUCAGCCACCUACGACCUCUCCAGCACCAUCACCAGCACCAUCACCAGCACCAGCACCAGCACCAGCACCAGCAAUACCUGUUCCUCCUUUCUUUCCUCUAGCAGACCCUCCAGCUGCUCCACCACCUGUCCUCCCCAAACCAGUAGUACCUUGGACCUCAGCUACCCCCUCGGCACCAGAAGGAACAGGUGUUCAUAAAAAGUCAUAUCGCUGGCCAAUAUCUGUAGCUAUAGGGGCUUCAUUCCUCUCCAUUGCUGCCAUUGUCUUUCUCCUCUGUCGAAGCAAGAAAGUUGUCAGUGUCAAACCCUGGGUCACAGGGUUAAGUGGCCAACUUCAGAAGGCAUUCGUAACAGGUGUACCAAAGCUCAAGAGAUCAGAGCUCGAAACAGCUUGUGAGGAUUUCAGUAAUAUAAUAGGCUCUUCGUCCGAUGGAACAAUGUACAAAGGAACCUUGUCGAGUGGGGUUGAAAUAGCAGUGACGUCUACAGCGGUGACAUCUGCCAAAGAAUGGUCGAAGCAUUAUGAAGGGCAAUUCAGAAAAAAGAUUGACGUAUUAUCAAAAGUUAACCACAAAAAUUUUGUAAACCUUCUCGGAUUUUGUGAGGAAGAAGAGCCUUUCACUAGGAUGAUGGUGUUUGAGUAUGCUCCUAAUGGAACGCUUUUUGAGCACCUACACAUAAAAGAAGCAGAACACUUGGACUGGGGAGUACGGUUGAGGAUUGCAAUGGGUAUUGCGUAUUGUCUUGAGUACAUGCAUCAACUGAGCCCACCCGUAAUAGUAAAGAACUUGCAGUCCACCUCUAUCUAUCUAACUGAAGACUAUGCUGCAAAGAUAUCUGACUUAGGUUUUUGGAGUGAAGCAACUGCUGUUAAGAUGGGAUCAUCUGACACAGAGAGUCCACUCACACCAUCGUUGGAUACUGAGAGCAACAUUUACAGUUUCGGAAUCAUAUUAUUGGAGAUGGUAACUGGUGGACUCCCUUACUGUGUCAACGAUGUCCAGCUUGUAGAAUGGGCAUCCGAUUACUUGAGGAAGACCCGACCUGUCAAAGACAUGGUGGAUUCUACCUUGAAAUAUUUUGAUGAGGAAAGUCUCGAGAAACUAUGUGAAGUGAUUAGAUCUUGCAUCAAUCCUGACCCGAAAGAAAGACCAACAAUUAAAGACGUCACGGCUCAAUUAAGAGAGAUCACAGCAAUGACACCAGAUGGCGCAACACCUAAACUAUCUCCUCUUUGGUGGGCAGAGCUCGAGAUCAUUUCUACUGAGGCAACCUAACAAGAUGUAUAGCCUAGGACUGUAAGAUAUUUUCUUCUCUUAUCUAUUUAUAUUUUGUUUGGGCAUCACAUAAGGGCUAUUGUCCGUGGAAUGGUACAGCUUGUACCUACCAUUUGAGUGAUAUAUUAUGUGUAUAGGAUAUAGAACCGCGACAGCAAACAUUUCGUGUAACUAAGUUUGUUUUUUGGAAGUGUGAAAAUUCACUGCACUGAGAAUAUACUGUGAAGGCAAUAAAAACAUAUUCGUUUUUCUCUGCU